UUUGGAACAUAAAAUCCAGUCAAUUCUUAAUCUUCGAAGAGGUUGUAACUAUCCUAAAUAACCGCUUUAUUUUUGGCGCGAAGUUGUUUUAUAGUUAUGUUUACGGAAAAAUAAUAAAAAGUAGUGAUCUAUAUCUAUAAAUUACACACAAUUAUUGAAAGAAGAUUAAUUCGUGUUAUCUAUUUUAAUAUUAAUAUAAUAUGGAAGAUCCAGCUACUGUACGUUUAAAGAAUUUGGUGGUCAGCAGUAAUGAAGCUUUGGAAUUUAAAUUAGUACGUUCUGUCGAAGAUAUAGAAAAUGAUCAAAAUACAUUUAAACCAGAAAUGUCCCAUCAAGUAUUUGGAGAUAGUGAAUCUAUAUUUGGUUACCGGGAUCUCAGAGUAAAGUUAUAUUACUCAGCAGGUUGUUUAGAAACAUAUUUAAGUAUGAGUUAUUCAGAAAAAAUAAAUAAAGUACUUUACGAGGGAGUCGAAGCUGACGAAGUAUUGCCUAACAUUGCUGAGAAAUUAGCUCCACAAAUACAUACCAACAUAGAUGCAUUUAUUGAAUCUUUAAAGAAAGAUGAAAUAUUUAUACCUCAUGGUGAACUGCUACAUUCAUUUUCUAUCAGUGAUGAAAAUUGUACAAGAAAAUUUGAAGUUUACAAAGCAGACAUGACUUAUAACGGUUUUAAAGAGUAUCAUCAACGUCUCCGUACAUUUGUAUUAUGGUACAUAGAUGCUGCCAAUUUUAUAGACAUUGACGAUGAGCGGUGGCAUUAUUUUAAUAUGUUUGAGAAAUAUAUAACAGCAGAUGGUACUGCUCGCUAUGCAACUACUGGUUUUGCUACUGUAUAUCAAUACUAUGCAUACCCACAUCAUAUUAGACCUCGUAUAGCUCAAGUUUUAAUAUUACCACCAUUUCAAAAUAUAGGUCUUGGUACACGUUUGUUACACGCUAUUUACUGCGAGUAUACUGGAAGAAGUCAAGUCAAAGACAUAACAGUUGAGAACCCUUCCGCGACGUUUCAACGGUUAAGAGAUUAUGUGGAUGCAAUGAAUUGCAGUAAAUUAUCUAGUUUUUCACGAGAAUAUCUACUUCAAGGUUAUAGUAAAGCGAUGGGUGAAGAGGCUAAAGAAAAAUUCAAGAUUAAUAACAAACAAGCUCGCAGAGUAUAUGAAAUUUUAAGAUUACGGGCAACAGAUUUAGCAAACGAGCAAGAAUAUCGUAGAUAUAGAUUAGAUAUAAAAAGGAGAUUGAAUAUUCCAUACAGACGCGAACAAAAUGAUUUGGUAAAAUUGGAAUGUGCGUUGAAGAACAUUGAUAAACGUAUGAACAUCACUCUACCUACAUUGGAGCAACGUAUGCAAACUCUUGACCAAGAAUACAACAGUUUAGAAGAAGAAUAUAGGAAAGUAAUUAAACGUUUAGAAAAUGCGGGAGAACUUUGAAAUUUAAUAUUUUUUCUAUUUUUUAUUUUUAUUAAGCUGCCCGUGUAUGAAACUAUUGAUACUGCUUCAAUAUGAAUUAUCAAAGAAAAUCUUUUUUUAUUGAUUCAAUAAAAUUUCUUUUUAUUAAGUAAUUAUAUUAUGUCUAAAUUGUAAAAUGUAAUAUAAUAUGUCUAAAUUUUUAAUGUUUGAACUUGAAAAUUUGAAUGUUAAUUUGAGCAUGCAUCCACUCCUACUCCGACGCACACUCUAUAUUUCAUUCUUUAUAAGGCUUAUUCGAAAUGAACCGGAAGAAGUUCAAAUGGACUCUCGACAUACUCGUAUCGUUCGGAAUCCCGAAACUGGAUUCGGAUAUCAGCAUGAGCCACUGGCAUAUAUUCUAUGGAUACGAAAUUUCGUGAAGCCGCGUGAAGCAAUUUGAUCGCGGCCAUAUUGACUUUAGUAUAUAGCGCCACUACCGGUUAAUUGGUAUACUUCAUUUUUCUAUACUCUUCUUCGCCCUCACAGCAUUCAUCAUUUUGUCACUAUCAUUGACAAAAGACGAGUAUACAGCAUGGAUUAAGAACAGAAAAGAUUUCCUCUCUGC